UGGAGGAGUUUGCACCCGAUGUCCUGUCUUCUUGUAAGCCGUCGAUGGCCCUUUUCUUCGUCUCAGUUUGGCUUGUAUUCCCAAUCGCCUUCCUACCUCACGGUGGACAUCCGCGGCUCAGGUGAGGCAGUGAGGGCUUCUCGUGAAUUAAGAGGGUAAAUGUGUCGUGAUGGUUGAUAAUUAAUGAAGAAGAACGUCUUGUAGGCGUGUGAGGGCCGCCACCGCCAGCGGGGGAGGGGCAAGGCAGAACCAGCGGUCCCGCGCGCGCAGCGGAAUCGCGCAGGGGAACGGAGUCCACGGCACGACUUUGAGACGCUCCCGCGAGUCUAGUCUCCCUGCCUCAGUUCGGUCACGACUGGCGAGGCAAAUGGACUUGCUGCGCUUCGGUCCGUGAGCUUUGAGCUAAAUUGCACGGAUAUUGGACGGUCAGAGCUGCUAUCCUGACACGCGAAGACCCGCCGCUGUGAGACUAAAAGCAGCGGUCAAGUGCUGAUAAAUUGCGCGACCCACAUAAUCAGUGAAAUAAGUUGUUUUGUUAAUUUUAAAUAAUUUGGUGAUAAGGAUGUUUUUGUAUUAGUUCUUGUUUUACUGAUCAAUCGGAAACCAAAAGUUGAACAAAUAUUUAUGAAGUGUGAGUCCGCCAAGACCAAGACCAGCUCGUCCACAUAACAUCUGCACCGCCGCAUCGCCUCCCCCUCACGGAUACUGAGGGUCGACGGGACAACACAGCCUUCGAGUUUCUUGAGACUUGAGUAAGGUGACCACUGGAAUCUGUCUUGAUGGCUCGGUGUUGAGGCAGUGCGGACUCCGUACCCAGGAUUAAGACCCGCCAUCGGAGUCCUUAAGGAGCAGCGCAGUGAACAUGGAUCCGCCCAACAUGGACAUGGAACUUUUCGAGGCCCUGCUGGCCAACAUGCACCAGACCCUCCCACAAGGUGGAGGCGGAGCAUACGAUGACGACGUCGAUGAUGAUGACGACGAUUACGAGGAUGAUGACGACGACGACGACGAUGAUGACUACGAUUAUGGUGGAGGUCACGAGCAUAACAUCCACGCGAUGGCCAACCCCUAUGGCGGUGGCGGCGGCGGUGAGGGUGGCGAUCUAUCGCUGCCCACUAUGCAGACAAUGAGCAUUCUGCAGGGACUGCUCAAUAUGAACCCUGCGGCCUUGCCCGGUGGCGUACCUGACAUGGGUGGCGCCAUGAGCGGGCCCAUGAACGGGGGUAUGGGCUCCCCUAUGGAAGCCGGAGGUGGCUUCCUCUCCAACAUGCCUUCCUUCCUGCCUGCCAUGAACACAGAGAUGGCCGGCUCUCUUGCCGGAGCCUUUGCAGGCGGCAUUGGUGCGCUUAUGGACGGUUUCGCUAACGGUGCAGGUGGUGCCGGUGGCGCCAAUAUCAGUGAGUACCACGAUGAUGACCUUCUCUCCGAUGAAGAGGACGAAGAAGACGAUGAAGAUGACGACGAGGACGACGAUGAUCUAGACGAACGAGGUGGCAUGGGCUCAGCUGUGGCAGUAGCAGCAGGAGCGGCGGCUGUGGGGGCAGUGGGCGGUAUGAUGGCUUCCAGACUAAUGGGGUCUGGCGCUCCACACCCAGCCCACAUGCAACACCCGGACCAUCCUGCAGGUGUCCCGCACCCAGUCCACGCCCAGCAUCCUGCCCACGGCUCUCACCCUGGCCCUCUAGGGUUCACACACCCGCAGUACUCCACAGAUAUGCUCAGCCCUCCUACGGCGCACCCACAACUGCCACCUCCCUCACACCACUCCAAUAUGGCGCCGAGCAUGAGUGGUGGUUCCGUGAGAAGCGUCGAUCCACUGGCGGGCGUGCCACUGGGCCUGGCGGGUGUGGCGGCAGGAGCUAGCCUUCUGGCACCCGUAGUGAACGGACUACUCAAUAACAAGCCUGCUGCCAAGCUGGAUAACUCUGACGCCUCCAGCGUCACCCUGGUAGGCGAUGACUCUCUUAACUCCACUAAGACGCUCCCAUCCACAGACCGACCGGCAGACCCCAACAACACUGCCGCUGCAGCCACCGCCGCCGCUGCUCCUGCUGUUGCUGCUGCGGCGGCGGCGCUGGAGAAGACUCACAUCUCUCAGCCCAACAAGGAAGACCCAAAAUCCGCCCCUGCAGAAGCAAAGCAAGAGGGCAACAAGCCUGAAGCUACCAAGCCUGCAACCACUAAGCCUGCAGCCACCCCUAAAAAGGAAGAGUCCGAAAAGAAGCAAGAAAGUGUGGAGGGAGUGACAGACGUUACUGAGGCACGCGAAGAGACGCCAAAGCCCACACGUGUGCCCUCUCCUAAGGAGGACCAGGAGGACGACAAGGCAAGUGUCGGUGCUGACUCCGUUCCAGGUUCUGAGGAGGCAGUUGACGGCAAGUCGGACACUGAGAGCGUUAGAAAGAAAACACCCUCUCCUGUGCUGGUUGAGAAGUUGGGUCGCCUCAGUCCCACAGGGAGCGAAUCCACGCCUGUUCUUGAGUCCGCAAGCUGUGCGUCAAUCACUGACCUUGCCAGCGCCACCGAAUCCAUGCGAGACUCCGAUACCGACAACCAUUCUGAUGCUCACAAUGUCACAGCCAACCUAUCUGACCUUGACAACGACCUGCAUGAGGCGCAGCCCAAGGUGCGCGCCCCGCCGCAGUAUGCCGUGGGAGGUCACUUGCCCAUCGUGAUCGAGAAGCCCACCUUUGGCUGGCAGUCUAUGGUGGGCCUCGACACUGCUAAGGAUGCUCUCAAGAACCUCUUUAUGAGCGAGACUUUCCCGGAGGUGUUCGAAGGGACUCAGGGCACUUGUAAGGGAGUGCUACUCUUCGGACCCGUCGGCUCCGGUAAGACUUGCCUUGCACGUGCCCUUGCCAAGGAGGCUCAAGACGCCAUCCUGAUCGGCAUCUCAACGGCAUAUCUAGCGACUCAGCCGCCAAGCGAGGCGCCCAAAAUCGUCCGCUAUCUGUUCGACCAUGCUCGCAUGCACAGCCCUGCUGUCAUUCUCUUCGACGAGGUAGACGCCCUCUGCUACGACCGAUCGAGCGAGACUGCGAUGAAAGCCAAAAUUGAGCUUCUGCAUCAAAUCCGAGCACUCACAACCCUCAACCCCGCCUACCCGCCGGGCAUCAAUCCACAUGCCUUCAACGAUGGUAUCAUGGUCCUCGGCACCACCAAUCAGCCCUGGCUCCUGGAGGAUGACUUACGCAGGAUCUUCACGUACAACAUCCACGUUAAGUUACCUGCUGAGAAGGCACGAGAGGAGCUGUACCGUAUGUUCCUGCAGACACUGCCGCACACACUUACUGACGACCAUUUCAAGUGCCUCGUUGCCAAGAGUGAAGGGUACAACGCAGCUGACAUCAACAUGGUGGUGCGGCAGGUGGUGGCCCAGAGGUCACCCACGGAACCCAACAAGUACAUACAGAACGUGUCUCGACCCAUUACCUAUGACGAUCUCGCCACCGUCAUGACAGAAUACAGGUGUCGAUUUACAGACGAUGUGGCGAACAAGUACCAGAGCUACAUCAAAUCCGCCACGCACAGAUCAGAAGAGCGGCGGGAGGAUACUAAAAACGAGGAGAAGGCAAAGCCCAAGGGCGUCAAGAAGUUCGGCCAGAGGAUCGCCAAGUCCAUUGCUGCCGCGCUCGUUGCUGUGAUAGAUUAAUCUGUGUUUAGCUUGUAGUGAAAAGACAGCCCUGGCGCGGCGGCGGCGGCAGCGGCGGCGGCGGCGGCGGCGGAGGAGAAGUAUGAGGAGGAGGAGGAGGCGGAAGCGGCCUGGCCCGGGCACGGCGCGCCGCACCCCGUUGUAAUUAGCUCUGUAUAGUCUGUCUGUGAUGAAACCAUUUUAAAUAAUAUGUGGACCUACGCUGGCCACGACCUGGAGUGAGUUGUGGCGGCGAGCGGCGUGGCCCAAGGGAUCCCUCCUCCCCAGCCAGGGUCGGAGGAACUUAGUCACUGAGUCAUUACUUCUGAUCCCUACUACUACUGCUACCACCACCACCGCCACCACCACCAUCACCACCAUCACCCACCAUGAUUCCCAAGCCAAUGCCCCGCCUGCUGCCUGCUGCCUGCCCGUUGCCUGUGCCCGCCUCGCCAGCGCCCCACGCAGGCAGCAGCCCUUUGGAGCUACAGCCCCGGGGACUACUCAAGUGCCUCUGUGAAUGCCACGUAUAAAAUUGAGUCUGGAAUUGUGGUGUGUCGUGCCUUGGCGGCUCAGUGUGUGCGGUGUUGAGGAGCCUCUCGGCCCGGCCAGGUGGGGGCGUCGACCCGAGGGGGCGGUCGGAGGUGCUGGUCAGUGUUGUACAAAUCUUCUUCGAUAGAUAAUCAUCCAUUUCGCCUAAGUCACGUGAUCUCAAAAGUGCGUAUGUGGUAACUUCCAGUUUUACUAAUCAUUAUUGUCAUUAUUAUUAUUAUUAUUAUUAUUAUUAUUAUUAUUAUUAUUAUUAUUAUCUUUUUGGUAGGUGAAAAACGCGAAUUGUUUAGUGAUCUAAAGUGAUAAUCAUAUAAUAAGUGUCUUAAUCAUUACAUUGUCUCGUAUCAUGAUCGUGGUAGUUGUCAAGUCUUGAUCCGGAAACUCGCCCAAAAGACAAGAUCUGAGUGUGUCCGGAGCGUGGCCACAACACGCUCCCCCUGACCCAUCUGUUACACUUUCUUUGUUUUGUUUUGCGACUUAGUGGUUCUGGGAAGGUGCGGCAUGUGACGCACCCCAGUGGCAUUGUGAAGGCUCGCGCGCUGGCUGGCGGUGAGAGCAUGCAAACUUGUCCCCUCCCUCCCCAUACCCCCCCCCAAAAAAAAAAGACACACACACACACACACACACACACACACACACACACACACGCAAAGCGUUUUUGACUCUUGAAUUAUGAAAUAAAUCCCUUGCUGUUGCGUCUCUUUGUUAAGAUCUCAAGACAUUUUUUUGCCCUACCCUUGCUUUCUUAUUUUGCCCCAAGCAUUGUAAGAAUUCCCAAGUCCUUGUUUAUUGGCAUUACCCAACUGUGGCAGUUAAGAGAAAAGCUCCCACACCCCACAGCCAGCGAGCGAGGCCUGUGGUGUUAUAAAGACAAAAAACUAGUGCCUGUCUCAAUCUCAAAACAACAUGUUUAUCAAUAGCGAGUCAGCGCCUCCCACGGCCGCGCUUCCGUCAUUGAAGGGCUGCCUCGCCUCCAGCCGGGCAGACUCCUACACCUGUUAGACUCAAGUGCAUGAUUUUUUUUUCCCUCCCCCCCUUUCUCUCUCCCCCCCUUUCUCUCUCUCUCUCUCUCUCUCUCUCUCUCUCUCUCUCUCUCUCUCUCUCUCUCUCUCUCUCUCUCUCUCUCUCUCUCUCUCUCUCUCUCUUUCUUUUACGUACGUCCUGUAACGUGGCGCUGCAGACGGUAUGAGGAGUGACUUCUCUAGCUCUCCCUUUUCCUUUCCUCCCUCCCUCCUCAUCCUCCCUAUCCUCAUCCUCCUCAUCCUCGUGGUGGUCCAGUUGUACAGCUUGUGGGUGUGGGCGGCGCUGGGACUAGCGUGGUGCUUCCCUCUGCAGGUCUGGGAUGCGGGAAUUCAUGCUUUUCUGCUUUUCAUUCAUUGUUGGUUCAGCAUUAUAAAGAUUUUUCAGUGACAUUUUUUUAUAUAUACAUAUAUAUAAACGGGGAAAUGGGUUAUGGUGAAUUUCGUUUUAUAUAUAUAUCGCUUAUAUAUAUAAUUAUACCUAUUCUGUUGACAUUUUUACAGAAUUCUGUUGACCUUUUAUUGAAUCCUCUGCCCCUAUCCUUUUUUUAUCAUUUUUAUUAUUAUUUAUCAAGGAUGUUGUUAACCUCCCGCUGUUCAGCUUAUCUCAUUAGGGAUUCUCAGGACUUGAUGUGAAAUACUAAGUCCUUGUGGAACUCCUCCGUCCCGGCCCAAGGGAAAGCACCUCGCCUGCUGUACACGACGCCAAGCCGCCCCUGUUUCGCUUAUUUAGAAAUAUGGAUGGCGAGCGAACCUCCAUCUCUCCCUCUACCUCUCCUGCUGGCUCCCUUCUUUUCUCGCCCUCCCCACCAUCCGUCCAUCCCUCCUUCCCAUGACCCCUGCUCGGGCUCUCACUGGCUCACACAUCACUUGGAGCAACGUCUCUGCUAUCAUAUAAAUAAAUCAUUUAUGAACUGUUUUUGUAUUUUCUGUUGAUGUGACCAUUCUGAAAGUCCGAGUGAAUUACUCGCAUCUUUCCUCGCACGCUGAUUUCUCUAGUUUGCUUCCCACUUCCCCUUUUAAUUUUUAAAAUUUCUUUCCUUUCCUCCCCAUCCAUCAAAUGCACCGCCCGUGUCUUUUUUUUCUUAUGAAAGAAAAUGAUUUACUUGUAAUUUAAAGUACAGCAUUUAUAGACCCCUGUUUUUUUUUUUUUAUUCUUUUUUUUUUUAUAGCUGUAGCCUUGUUCGUGCUUAGCAGUUAAGGAUGUAAAAAGGUACUGUAAAGACUGUGUGACAGUCUGGGUGUGUAGGUGUUUGGCCUCGUGUGCGCCUGUGUGCGUACCCGAGCGUGUGCACGUGUGUGAACUAUGGUGUCGCUGGAUUUUUUUUUUUUUUUUUUUUUUUUUUUUUUAGGGUUUGGGGAGAAGCGUGCUGUUCUCCCCUCCCUCCUGUUGUCCCCCGCGCGACCUUUCAUAGUUGUAAAUGACUACUACCCCCUAUCCUGCCCCUCCCUCCCGUCCCCUCCAUCCCUCCUAACAUUCCCACAGAUAAGUGUUAGAGCGAGGAACAAUCCUCCUCCUCCUCCUCCUCCUCCUCCUGUGUUGACCUGCUCCUGCUGUUGUUUAUCUGCUGCUGCUGCUACUACUGCUUAUGCCACAACUGUCAGGGGCCUGCUGUUCUCCCUCUUUAUCUUAUUUUCUGGCGGUAGUGUGUGUAUAGGUAUGCCUUUCUGCUCAUUAUUAUUAUUAUUAUUAUUAUUAUUAUUAUUAUUAUUAUUAUUAUUAUUAUUAUUAUUAUUAUUAUUAUUAUCAUUAUUAUUAUUCAUGGUCAGAAUGUGUCUUGUCAGUGCGUGUGAUGUAGUGAAGAAAGUUUAUAUUUGAUCUGAAGAUGGACUUUUCUUAUCUUCUUCGUGUGAUGCAACAACACGCACAACCCGACCCCUCCCCACUUUGUUUACUGUUUUUAGAUGAAUAUUUUUGUUAUCUCUGAGUAUCAAUUGAGAAUAUGCCGUGCAGUCCCCCUUCCUCGUUCCACUCCCCCCUCCUCACCCUCCAUGGCCCCUCCAAGCACUAGGCAAGCGAGGGAGCAGGAAGGUGGUGGCAAUGUCAGUGCAAUAAGAAGUCUGUUUUGAGGAAUAACUUCGCUUGUGGCUUUUUCUUUUCUUUUUUUUUCGUUGGUCAGUUUCUCUCUCUCUCUCUCUCUCUCUCUCUCUCUCUCUCUCUCUCUCUCUCUCUCUCUCUCUCUCUCUCUCGUGUGUGUGUGUGUGUGUGUGUGUGUGCGCGCGUGCGUGCGUGCGUGCGCUCCAGCGAGCGCUCCGAACUUAUAUAUUUUAUUUGGUGGUUGUAUGCGAACAUGUGUAUAUAAAUGCGUGUACGUAUAGAUGUGUGUUAAUGUGCGUGUGUUCGCGUGUACACACUACGGCUGGAAGGGUUAAUCUGCCGCCGCGACCCCGAAGGGCGCAUCCGGCAGCUGACGGGCGGCGUCCCCCUCCGGGCUGCCCCCAAGGCCCGUCCCCUUCUCCCUGUUGGUCAGGGUCAAGGGGUCAACCAGCGGGAGGGAGCGUUGACGCCCCCCUUUCCCCCCUCUCCUCUUUCCGUCCCCAACCUUUGGUAAUUUCGGCGCGUCGACGUCGGAAAUCCGCGGUGAGGCAGAAGUGGAUGCGGUUUUUGGAUCAUUUUUAUGUACACACACACACACACACACACACACACACACACACACACACACACACACACACACACACACACACACACACACACACACACUCUCUCUCUCUCUCUCUCUCUCUCUCUCUCUCUCUCUCUCUCUCUCUCUCUCUCUCUCUCUCUCUCUCUCUCUCUCUCUCUCUCUCUCUCUCUCUCUCUCUCUCAACUCGCCCUCAGGCUGCGCCAUGUCUGUAUGUGCGUGUGUAUGUAUGUACUGUACAGUUUAGCUUGUGAGUCGCUGGCUAAUUAGGGUCUAUUAAGGACAGGUGAGGCACGUGCUUCCCGCUCUUCUCGUCAGCCAUCACGUCGCGGCUCCACUCCACAAUAAACAAAUAAAGAAUAAAUAAAAGGAAAAAAUGUCGCCCCUCCGUCCUUCCUGCUAUGUCAAAAAUCUAGAGUUAACUUGCCGUACACUGCAGCGAGGUGUCUGACAUGCUCCUCGUUCCCUUGCUUUCCAUACAUCUUCCUUGGCGCUUACAGUCAGUAGUCACUCAGGUGUACUGUGCAGACUGACCACGAACACUGAUGCCACACAAAACGAGUCGUCGCUUCGGUGAACUUAAACUAACGUGUCCCUCAGUUAGUUGGACUGAAUAUUCUGAACCAUCGCUGGUCAUGAACGAGUUUUCCCCCUUGAUCAUCAUUUGAUCACAGGUCCUGGAGACGAGUGGUCUCCCCCACCCCCCGUCCCACUCCAGUCCUUUCGUCCACCUGCCCAUCCCAGGGUUACCAGCUCAUCCCUUCCUCUCCUUCCCACCGUGGUCGACAGCUGCAUCCUUCACCAACAACACCCCUCCCCUCCCAUUCCUUCUCUACUUCAUGCUCACCAUCUGGACCCUCGGAAAGCCGCAAACAACUCGCGUGGAGGUGGACUCAGCGUCAGCGAAGAGGGAGCGACAGGUCGUUUUGUUCAUCCACGAGGAGCAAGGCCAAUUUAUUGGGGCUUUGUCUGACGCUUGAUCUGUGAGAGAGAGAGAGAGAGAGAGAGAGAGAAUGAUUACCUAUGCUUCAGGGCGUAGGAGUCGAAGCACUGGGAUUUUCUUUUUUAUCACUACAGCUGUUUCUUUCCUUUUUUCCUCUUUUCAUCUUUACCUCCUCUCCUUCCCCCAAAUGUCCCUCCCCUUCCCUCACACCCUCCCCUCCCCUCCCCGAGAUGUGAGAUUGACUGGCUUGCUGCUGCUGCUACUCUUGCUCUCGCUCUCCAGAGGCAGGGACGAAUGUUGCAAUAAACGGAUGCCACUCCAGUGAACAACUUUUGGUAUUUGCUGCUGUUAUUAUUAUCAUCCAUUCCUUGUUGUUUACACCUUUUCCCUCUCCUUCCAAUCUCUCUCUCUCUCUCUCUCUCUCUCUCUCUCUCUCUCUCUCUCUCUCUCUCUCUCUCUCUCUCUCUCUCUCUCUCUCUCUCUCUUUGUAACACGAUCCCUCCUGCCGGUGAGGUGACAUCCCUCCCACCCUUCCCUACUUCCUUCUGCCCGCAGCCCCCAGCCCCUAUGCCUACCUUGAGGGACUCCGGGCCCCAAAAUAUACAAGGUCUUCCAAGUGAGGGACUCGAGUCCAGAGUAGUGUAUCCUGUAUCCUUUAGCCUUAAGCCACGAAUUAUUGUUGAUGGGGGUUUACACUUGGGCUUGUGUCUCGUGUCUUACAUACAACUGACUUUUUAUCCAUUUGUAUCUUUUCUCUCGUGUUUACCAAGUGAGUAGCGUCAGCUUUGGAAAGGGAAAUGUGUUACUUUUUUAUUUUGUGUAUUUACUUUCACCCGUGAUGCUUCCAUGUUUGUUUGUGUCAGUCUCUACUUUUACCAUUACAACCAAUACCUAUAUUUUUCUCUGAUUUUUGUCAAUGUAAUACAUUCCGAUACUACUUUUGUUUUUACUUUGCUGUAAUGUUUGGGUUUUUUGCCUCGAGACUGGAGUGCGGGGUGCUUCCUUUGAAUGUAUGUUAACAGCUCGUUUGUCCUCAAGUAUAUUAAUGUUUACCAUGAAGAUGCCUGUGAUGGGAAACUGUAUCUCGUUUUCUUUCUUUGACUUUUUUCCUACGCUUGGGUUAUAUCGUUUGAUUGGAAAAUAAAAAGAUUUACAUGAUAUAUUAAAUAGGAUACGCUGCCCCUUUCCCCCUCUCUUCCUUUCCUCCCAAGACAAAAACGGCAAGCAAGGGUUGAAAAAUAAUGUUAAUCUGUGUUGAUCAAAUUUGUUAUGAUCGAUGAGAUUCAGUCCCCCUUUGCCUUACCUGUGUGAUAAAAGGUGUUCCGUCUCGUCACCAGAUACCCGCCCGUCUGUCUGCCCGCGUGCCUGUGUGUGCAAGUAGAAGACUUUGUGCACAUCUGCGUCGCUUUAGCUCACUCGUCAAAUUGAAACUUUAGAUUUGUCCUUAAAAGUUUGCUUAUUGGUGUGCCUGCAGGUGUGCUUGUGUGCGUGUGGGCGGCGACAGGUGGGGCUCUGUGACCUGCGGUAUACGAUCUUUUUUAAACUGUAUCAGAAACUCUAUGCAAAUUUACUGUAGGAUCAACUGGUCUUUAAUAAACGUUAUUUUAUUAUUGCCAUAA